AUGCUCGAUUAUCCGCAAAUUUUGUCCGAGCUGAUUUUUGAGCGAAUGCCGAUGGAUUCAUUGACUCUACUCGCCCCUUUUGUUCUGGAAUCCGAUGAUCGAUCUUUUGAUGAUCUGACGAGAACGCUUUUUUGCCGAAACUUUCUCAACUAUCAUUACGAAAGAGACACAAUUCUUGAUCUCGUUGGAAAAGAAUUCGAAGCAGAGAAAAAGGGAAAACCUGAUCGUCUCUCUGAAAUCAUGAAAAUUAUUCAAAAGCGAGAAGAUCUCAAAAACAACAAGAAGAAACUGAUUCCAAAAGCGACGAUGGAAUUAUUUACAGAACAUGAGUUCUUCGGUUCUUCUGUCAAAUUUUCUGGCUCAUAUAUUUUUACUAAAGACCGGGCCGGAGAUCGUAUCUUCAAGAUUAAUCGCGAAAAUGACGAGCGCUCACCGAUUAUCGAACCAAUUGAAUAUGAUCCACAAAAUUUUAUCGAGUAUUAUGACUUUGAACCUGAAGAUUCAAUAACCAUGCUCGAAACAGUUUUUUUGGGGCACCGUCACGAAGAUUUGCCGGCUUUCUUUGAUUAUGAAACAUUAAAGUUUGCAGAAUUAGGACGCAAGAGACAUUUUCUGCACGAGAAAAUUACUUAUUCUCCAAUAAACCGAAAUUUCUCUCGGCAACGAUCUUGGAGAGAUUAUAAAACUAAUCCUUGUAUGAAUCUACAUCCUGUACUCAACUUCAAAGAUACUUUUUAUCAAGAAGAUACACCCAUGCGUCGAUAUGUUGUCGAUUUUAGCAGUUUUUCUGGUGGACAAGAAAAGAUUUUUUGGAGCUUCGAUUUCAGCCUUCCAAGGGAGGAUUUCUGCAUUCCGGAAUACCGAGAUUUGAGCGAAAGUCUCGAGCCUGACCACUGCGAUGUUGGAUACGUCGAAGGAAACAAGUUGCAUCUUCUUGUUUGA